AUGGCCCCAGUCCCGCGUCCCUGCUCCAAGACCUACAAGGUCCCUCGUCGACUCCGUGUCCUAACGUGCCUCUUCGAUAGUGACUCGGAAUUGAAGAUCGUCGGCGAGUACGGUCUGCGCAACAAGCGUGAGGUCUGGCGUGUCCAGCUUACUCUGUCCAAGAUCCGUCGUGCUGCUCGGAUUGAGGCUGACAAGGGAUUUGUCAGUGAGCUUCUUACUCUCGACGAGAAGGACCCCAAGCGUCUGUUCGAGGGCAAUGCCUUGAUUCGUCGUCUUGUCCGUAUCGGUGUGCUCGACGAGUCCCGCAUGAAGCUCGAUUAUGUGCUGGCUCUGAGGAUUGAAGACUUCCUGGAGCGCCGUCUGCAGACCUGCGUCUACAAGCUGGGUCUGGCCAAGUCCAUCCACCACGCUCGUGUCCUGAUCCGGCAGCGCCACAUCCGUGUCGGCAAGCAGAUCGUCAACGUGCCUUCCUACAUGGUCCGUCUGGACUCCCAGAAGCACAUUGACUUCGCCCUCACCUCUCCGUUCGGUGGUGGCCGCCCUGGCCGUGUCCGGCGGAAGAAGGCUCGCGCUGCUGAGGGUGGUGGUGCAGAGGAAGCUGAGGAGGAGGAAGAAUAA